ACAAUCUAAAAAUUGUGCUUUCCGGUUUCGUUGAAUAAAUUCACUAAACUUUCUUUCGAUUUUGCAGCCAUGUCCAUGGAAAUACGCAUCAAGUGCCGCGAGAUGUUGGCAACCGCAUUGAAAUCGGGCAACAUGCCACCAGGAUGUGGCGAUCCGGAUGACAUGGCCGCUAAACUGGAGGACGCAAUUUACGGCGACUUGAACGGCUGCAAGGUGAAGUACAAAAAUCGCAUACGUUCGCGUUUGGCCAACUUGCGCGAUCCGAAGAAUCCAGAGCUGCGCCAGAAGUUCCUAUUAGGUCAAAUAACGCCCGAAGAGUUAUCCAAGAUGACGCCCGAGGAGAUGGCCAGCGAUGAUAUGAAGCAGAUGCGCCAGAAGUACGUUCAGGACUCGAUCAAUGCGGCACAGAUGGCCAAGGUUCAGGGCACCAAGACGGAUCAGUUCAAAUGCGAACGCUGCGACAAACGCAACUGCAGCCAAUUGCAUAUCCGUGAUGGUGACGAGCCCAUUAUCACCUUUGUGAUAUGCGACGAGUGCGGCAACCGCUGGAAGAGCUAGACAACCGUGGAGAGAGUCCCUUGAAGGAGUCACCCGUCUUGGCUGGAUACCAAGCAAACGAACUCACACAAUUCACAAUAUCUCAUAUCAAUAAACAGACUGAUCUUCCGUUGGCUUCCACAAUAUGUAAAUAAUACUUUAACAAGAAUACAUACAACAUACAACAUACAACAUACAUAUUAUGGAAAUAUAUUACAUGUCAUAAAAAUCUU